CCGAGCCCGCAGUGAGCCAGCUUCCCUGCGGGCCGGCUACGCCAUGGAGUCCGGAGCGGCCGAGCUGUAUGACCAGGCCCUGCUGGGCAUCCUGCAGCACGUGGGCAAUGUCCAGGACUUUCUGCGCGUGCUCUUCGGCUUCCUUUACCGCAAGACCGACUUCUACCGCCUCCUGCGCCACCCGUCCGAUCGCAUGGGCUUCCCGCCCGGGGCCGCCCAGGCCCUAGUGCUGCAGGUAUUCAAAACCUUUGACCACAUGGCACGCCAGGAUGAUGAAAAGAGGAAAAAGGAGCUGGAGGAGAAAAUCAGGAGAAAGGAAGAAGAGGAGGCUACAGCUGUGGCAGCGGCUGCAGGUGGGCAGGACCCUGUCCCAGUCCCAGUUCAGGAGGUGGAGAUCGACUCCACCACAGAUGCUGAUGGGGCUCAAGAAUCUCCGGGUCCACAGGGCACGGUGCAGGAUGUGGCCCACCACUUGGGGGAGGUCGCGCCGGCAGGAGCAGAUGCUGGUGCUGCUGAAGUUCCAAGGGAAUCCCCAGCUCUUUCCAAGAGACAGGAGCAGUUCCAGAGAAACCCUGACAGCUACAAUGGUGCUGUGCGUGACAACUAUACCUGGUCACAGGACUAUACCGAUUUGGAGCUCAAGGUGCCCGUGCCCAAGCACGUGGUGAAGGGCAGGCAGGUCUCAGUGGCUCUCAGCAGCAGUUCCAUCCGAGUGGCAGUGCUGGAGGAAGGUGGGGAACGUGUCCUCAUGGAAGGGAAGUUCACCCACAAGAUCAACACUGAGAGUUCGCUUUGGAGCCUGGAGCCUGGAAAGUGUGUCUUGGUAAGCCUGAACAAGGUGGGCGAAUAUUGGUGGAGUGCCAUCCUGGAGGGCGAAGAACACAUCGACAUUGACAAGAUCAACAAGGAGCGCUCCAUGGCCACGGUGGAUGAGGAGGAGCAUGCUGUCCUGGACAGGCUCACCUUCGACUAUCACCAGAAGCUGCAGGGCAAGCCACAGAGCCACGAGCUGAAAGUCCAUGAGAUGCUGAAGAAGGGGUGGGAUGCUGAAGGCUCUCCCUUCCGAGGCCAGCGAUUCGACCCGGCCAUGUUCAACAUCUCCCCAGGGGCUGUGCAGUUUUAAUGACCGAAGGAAACGAAACCCUCGCCAGUGGGGAGCCAGGGCCUCGGCCAUGCCCCUUGGCUCCCUGCCUGCCAGGGACUCUGUCUGGCUCACUGCGCCGUCCUUUCUUUCAGGGGAGAAUCAGGCCUCUCCCCUGGCCUUGUACCUCCAGACUGCUCCGGAGAAAGGGGCUGGGCGGCAAUACUGAGCAAGGGUGUUGGAGAACAGGAGGGUGUUCCAGCAGACCGCAGGGCCGGGCCUGGCAGCGCUUCGUUGCCCUGCUCUCUGCUCGCUGCUGUUUGACCUCUGCUUGCUUUUCUCGUGCUUGAGGGCAGGGAGUGGUGCCGGGUUCAGUUGUCGAAGCAUGGGCAGGUGUGCAAUGGUGGGCCACGCGCCUGGGCAGUUUGGGGAAACUACCCCCCUCUCCCCUCCCCCCCAUGGCUCACAUGCAGUUGUGUUUUUCCAUGUGAGUGUGUGCCAUCUCCCUGGCCUGGUCCCAGAGCGGAGAACACUGAGGUCCUGCUUGCUGGUUCUGGAUGCUGGGAGAAAAUUCUGUGGCCUCAGUGCUUGUGGGAGGACAUCUGUUCUCUGUUGAUAGUGCUUUCCUCUUGUGAGCCCAGUCUUAUCAGUGAGCCCACUGCUCUGCUUGGGUGCCCUCAGGCUGGUUCUGGGUGCACUGAUGGCUGGGCCCUCAGGAAACCAGGCCUAUCAGCAGCCUCUUGGCAGUGUGCGCAGCCUUGGUCCCUUCUCCCAGCCAUGAUGUUCAGUGUCCCAUUGUGCUGACCACAAUCACUGCAGGACUCCCAACUCCUCCCCAGCACUCUAAGAACCUGGAGACUGUGCCCCGGUCAGUGCCCUUUGUGCCUGGCACAGGACCGUGGGCUGCUCUGUUGGGUGGUCGCCUUGCAGAUCUCCACAGCCUGCCCUUGUGCAUUUUGUCCACUGCAUUGGGGGAGGAGGACACCUCUCUGGGUAGUGGACCUUCUGGAAACUGUCAUCUUCACCCCAAUGGAUGGGAGCUGGUUUAUUGAAAUCAUUUGGGGGCAGGUUUCUGACUCUCAGUCAGUAAGUGACAGUCCUAUAAGAAGCAUCCCCUGGUCCUCUGAGGAGCGUAUGUCACUCUGAUGCCAUCAAGGGAGGCGCAGACUGCAGGUGGCUGGUGGGAGCACUGUUGGGAGUAUGGAAGCCUGUUGUUUGCAUGUGUCUCCUAGACCGGUUGUGGGACUGCAGCGCCCCUUUCCAGAGCCCUGAGAUUGCAGGUCUGUCAUCCCAUCCAACACAAGUUCUCGUGGCCUGCAUCUGUGAGGACUGCUCUCAUUGUGCCUCUGUCUUGCUGCCCUUGGCCAUGCCUCUGGGGUUCCCCAAGCGAUGGGUUAGAAUGUGCGCCCUGCAUCUCAGUUACUGGGGAGACUUUGGAGCUGUGGUCGCUGUGUCAUUUGUCUUCCUUUUGCCUGAUUUUAUUUUCAGUGUUGCAUUUCCCUCACCCUCAUCUGCUGUAACAGCGGCACCCAGGUGUUGGGAGUAGCAGACUCGGGGCGGCAGAGGUGCUGGCACGUACACGUGACUGAGUGGUGCCGCCCUCACCAUCCACUGGUUGCCUUCUGCUUCUUGCUGCCAUCCAUGACCAGCCCAGCACCCUGGAGUAGGUGCCCUCUGCCUGUUUUCUCUCUCUAGACACGACAGCAGCGGACUGACCACUGAACUCCAUCAGCUGAGGCUCGAGGAAAAGUGGGGUACCAGCCUGUGACGUCAUCUUCGUCUCCGGUGUUGGUUUGCAAUAAAUCUGUAUUUAAGCACUU